AUGUCGACAUUCGGGCAGCAUUUCAGAGUCACCACUUAUGGCGAAUCCCACUGCCGCUCCGUGGGUUGCAUCGUCGAUGGAGUGCCCCCUGGAAUGGAGCUCACAGAAGCAGACAUUCAGCCCCAAAUGACCCGUCGACGCCCCGGCCAAUCAGCCCUCACCACCCCUCGCAACGAAGCAGAUAAGAUCGAAAUCCAAUCCGGUACCGAGUUUGGCAUCACCCUGGGCACUCCCAUCGCCAUGAUUGUGCGGAACCAGGACCAACGACCGAAAGAUUAUGGUAAUUCGACCAUGGAUCUUUACCCCAGACCUAGUCAUGCGGAUUGGACAUACCUGGAGAAAUAUGGCGUGAAGGCUAGCAGUGGGGGAGGACGAAGCAGUGCAAGGGAGACGGUGGGACGGGUGGCCGCCAGUGCCAUUGCGGAGAAGUAUUUGACGCUUUCGCAUGGUAUUGAGAUUGUGGCUUUCGUUUCGUCUGUCGGGGGUGUGCAUAUGUUCCCUCCUACAUCUACACAUCCUUCGCCGUCUACGAACCCAGCGUUCUUAUCACUCAUUGAGACAGUUACAAGGGACAAGGUGGACGAGUUUGUGCCUGUGCGGUGUCCAGACGAGGCAGCGUCGAAGCGAAUGGCGGAGGAGAUUGCGGCUUUCAGGGAUAGACACGAUAGUAUUGGGGGCACGGUUACGUGUGUUAUUAGGAAUGUGCCGAGCGGAUUGGGAGAGCCUGUCUUUGAUCGUAUGGAAGCUAUGCUUGCUCACGCCAUGUUGAGUAUUCCCGCAUCCAAAGGCUUUGAAGUUGGAUCUGGAUUCGGGGGCUGCGAAGUCCCUGGUUCAAUACACAACGAUCCUUUCAUCGUUGCCCCUGCUGUGCCACCGUUGGAGACGGGGGCUACAAGGAAUGGUAUCCCGAGACCGAGACUUACGACCAAGACGAACAACUCUGGUGGGAUUCAAGGAGGUAUUACGAAUGGUGCACCGAUCUACUUCCGCGUUGCUUUCAAGCCUCCUGCGACGAUUGGCCAAGCUCAGCAGACGUCUACCUACGAUGGUGAUGAGAACGGGACAUUGGAGGCGAAAGGAAGACAUGAUCCUUGCGUUGUUCCCAGGGCAGUGCCAAUUGUCGAAGCUAUGGCAGCACUGGUGGUUAUUGAUUCUUUGAUGAGUCAACAAUCAAGACAAGUUAGCAGGAGUUUAUUACCGCCGCUCAAACCCGCCGCCAAAUCAAUGGUUGGAGGAGCAGAAGCUAUGGCAAAGGCUGUUGAAAAUGGGGCUACUAAGCCUUAG